UUUACGCGGGAGAUAUCGAGGACGGUCCAACCUCGAAUUCGAUUGUCGAGCAUAUUAAAUAUUCAGCCCCGUUAAUACCUUUGUUCCACGACAGAUAUGGAGUUCCUCGAGAAUCCCGCCUUCAAAACUAAGUAUUUCAAGAAUAAGCUUCGUGUAAAACUAUGGGAGAGCGAUUUCAUGGAGAAGUACGGACGUAAACCCAAUAAAAAUGACAUAAGAGAGGCCGAUGCGACUAUAAAGGAAUCGUACAAGAUGUACUGGAAGUUGAAGACGCGCGCGCUCGAGGAGACCCUCGUCGACAUCACUUUCUGCGACGACGUGACGCGGGGCAACGUUGCGAACGGCUCGCCGCAGAAGCCGGCGAGCGUCAUCGACGAGAAACACGAGGAGAAGCCCCGGAGUCCGGAGAAGAAGAUCGCGAGAGACGCGGAGAACGUGUGUCCGCGUGACAGCAAAUCAACCGCGAACACCCGGGAGAGCUCGGUGGAGAAAAGCACGGCUGGGAACGUCAAGGAAGUCUGGGGCGAUCAUUUGAGCAAGAACAAGGACCAGGCGCCGAGGAAGAAGCAGCCUCUGCUGAUCGGUAGAUCGCCCUCCUUCCAGUUAUCCCGAAACAAGUUCGAGAGUUCCGCCUUCGCCAAGCGAAACCCGAGGAAAUCGUUGUCGUCGGCCCGACUGAAGAUCAAAAAGCCCGAGGAGGUCGCUUCCAGCGACCCGAGCGUCGAUCACACGGAGACCUCGGACAGUGGAAACGUGGAUCGACUCGGUGCGGCCGAUCAGACGACGCCCGUGUUCGAUGAGUCGACGAAGGUGACGUUCGAGGCCAGCAAACCCGCGCUGCACCGCCCCAUCAACGUGGUGCAACAGCUGGCGGACGGUCAGCCGCCGGGCCGUGUGAACCGCAACCUGAACCAAGGCUGGCUGGAGCGGUGCACGAGGGACAGCAACCUGGAGAUGCUGGCGUUCGUCCCGCAGAGGCUCUCGAGCACCAGCGACUCCGGGGUGGAGUCCUUGGGGUCCAGCAUCCACUCGCCGAUGGAUCCGGCGUCCACGGUGAACCAUCCCGCCGGCGUCUCGUCUCAGACCUCGGACGAGGAGGACUUCGUGUGCAACAGCGAUUCCGAGGAGGAGCGGCGAAACAAGCGCGUCGGGAACUUGAGGAAGCGGCUGGGCGAUCGGGAGAACCGGCCCGUGAAGCGACGAUGCGUCGAGGUGAGGAGUCCCAGCGACACGACCGUCGUCGUCGACGCGGUCGAACUGGCUCGCAGCGUUGACGGUGAAGCCAAGGUCGACGGUGUCGAUGCGCCCGGCUCGAUUCCCGACGUUAACGCCGGCUUGAACUUCUCGGACGAGUCGGUGAGGAUUCUGCAGGUUCCGGGGGAUCCACGCGUCGGCUCGUCGGACGCAGUCGUUCGUGACGAGGUGACGAUCGGGGACGCUUCCCGGGCGGACCGAGCGGCGUCCGAAUCGGCGAGUUCCGCGAAGAGAGAAGAUUCCCCUGGGCCGGCGGGGAAGCCGAGGUCGACGAGGCGGCGCGCGUCGCGUCGAAGGGAGAAGCAGGCCCCAUCCGACGACUCCGAUUACGCGGAGGAGAGUAAGACGAGCAAGAAGGUCAGGGCGAAGAUGAAGAAAGGCGGCGCGGGGAAGAGCAGCGCGGUGAGGAAAGCUGCGGGCCAAGCGAGAGGGAGGAAACAGCUCGCAAGCGUCGGAGGGAAAGCCAGGGCAAGGAGGUCCGCCAGGCUGCAGGUAAAUCCGAAAGAGGACGAGCGAGAUUCGGACUCGGGGAGUAGAAAAGUUCCCGUGUACGGUGUGGAAACGAUCGAGACGGUGCCGCGUUUCGCGAUGAAGCCGACGGGAACCGGCGGCGAUCUCGUAGCGCGAUUCAGCGAAUCCCUGUGCACCGUCGUCCAGUCUGAGCGAGACGCACCGUCGAAGGCGAGCGACAAGGAGGCGCGGCUGGCGAAGAAGAUGGCCGCCGGAACGAUGAACGACAACUUCGUCCGGAUCAACCUGAAGAAGAAGGUGUUCGUACGUGGCAAGAAGAAUUUCAACCUCUCCAAGUACAAGAGGCAUCAGUGGAAGCAACGGAAGAGGGAGCUGACGUCUAGCGAGAGCAACCUGGACGCUGCCGACCUGAUCGACAAGAACGGCGCGACGUGCUUCAAGUGCGGCCAGCCCGGCCACUUCUCCGGGAAGUGCGCGCUCUCCAAGGGCGGCGCUCUUCUACCGUUGGAGGAGAUCGACGAGGAGUCGUCGAGCUUCCCGACCUUGGAGGAGGCCGAGAAGAUGGCGAACGCCGUGGUCACUCGUAGUCGCGGGAUCGGCCGACUCUCCGGGAGGCCGUCCCUCCCCACUGUGAAGUCUUCAGAGUCCCGGUGUGAAGGAGAAGAGGUAGAAGGGACGGAAUUGCUCGCCGACGACUUUGCAGACGACUUUGCAGACUCCGUCGGAGAGAAGGACACGCUCGCACCCGGGCAUAGGAUACCGCAGGAACUACUGUCGCGGCUGUUACCACCUGAGAAGGAAACGAUCGACCCGUUGUAUCCCGUGAGGGAAGACGGCGGCCUCGUCGAGACGCCGGCGGAGGUUCUCGAGGCGCUGCGUAUGUUCGGCCACGACAGCUUCCGGCCGGGGCAGGAGAAGGCGGUGAUGAGAGUGCUGUCCGGCCGGUCCACCCUGGUGACCCUGUCGACCGGCUCCGGGAAGUCCCUGUGCUAUCAGUUGCCGGCCUACCUGUACUCCCGGCGUUCCCGUUGCAUCACUCUCGUCGUCUCGCCGCUGGUGUCUCUGAUGGACGAUCAAGUGGCGGGUAUGCCGCCCUUCCUGGCGGCCGCGUGCCUCCACACCGGGCAGAACCCGCGGGUGAGGGAGCUGGUGACGCGGGCGGUGAGGGAGGGCGACGUGAACGUCCUGCUGGUGUCGCCGGAGGCGGUGGUGGCCGGCGAAAAGUCAACCGUCGGCCUGCUCCGACAGCUGCCGCCGAUCGCGUUCGCCUGCAUCGACGAGGCCCACUGCAUCUCCCAGUGGUCGCACAAUUUCCGGCCGUCUUACCUGAUGCUCUGCCGGGUGCUCCGGGAGAAGCUCGCCGUGAAGACGGUGCUGGGGCUCACGGCGACCGCGACGAGAAUGACGGCGGCCAGUAUAGCGCGUCAUCUGGACUUACCCGACGGCGUGGACGGCGUUGUGUCGGACGCGCCGUUACCCGGGAACCUCGUUCUCUCGGUCUCCAAGGACGGGAACAGGGAUCAGGCGCUGAUAGCGUUGCUGAGGAGCGAGAGAUUUCACGGGUGUUGCUCUGUGAUAGUUUACUGCACUCGCAGGGAAGAAUGCGCGAGGAUCGCCGGCUUCCUCAGGACGUCUCUGCAGGACCCGCGGAACCCCGAGAAGCCGAACGUAAAGGUGUCCACGAUAGCCGAGGCGUACCACGCCGGUAUGACGGCGUACCGGCGCAAAGUCGUGCAGAAGGAGUUCAUGAACGGCAGGAUCAAGAUCGUCGUCGCCACCGUGGCGUUCGGGAUGGGCAUCAAUAAAUCGGACAUUCGCGCGGUCAUCCAUUACAACAUGCCCGGCACUUUCGAGGGAUACGUGCAGGAAGUCGGCCGCGCUGGAAGAGACGGACUCGUGGCGCACUGCCACUUGUUUUUAAACCCGACGGAGGACAGCGACAAGUGGGAGCUACGCAGACACGUACACGCGAACGGCGUCGACCGGUACACGAUCAGACAUCUGCUGCAGAGGAUCUUCAUUCCCUGCUCGUGCGCGAAGAUGAACGCGAAGCAUUCGGAGGAUCGGAGGUGUCCCGGUCACGAGGUCGCCCUACCGAUCAACGAGACCGUCCAAGCGCUCGACCUCACGGAAGAGACGAUCUCGACGUUGCUCUGCUACCUCGAGCUGCACCCCAAGAGAUUCGUCACUGUACUCUCGUCCGUGUACACGCGAGCCCGAGUCUCGAGUUACAGCGGGCCACAAGCCCUCAAACAAGCGGCCCGAUCCUCUCCGCCGCUGGCGAUGGCGAUAGCGCUGGACAUGCAGAAGGGGAUCACGCACGAGAACAGCAACGUCAUCAAUUUCCCGGUUGUCGAGGUCGCAUCGGCCAUCGGCUGGGACAGCGGCGUGGUGAAGAGCCACCUUAAGAAUCUCGAGUGGACGGAGGCAGCUGACGGACCGAAGAAACGCUCGUCCAUAUCGGUAAACUACGAGGAACUCGGCUUACGGGUGAAAGCGCCGGGCGAUCUCACCGACGGCGAACUGGACGAGGCGCUGGACGCGCUGAUCGCGCACACCCAAUCACAGGAAUCCUCGUGUCUGCGCCAACUCGAGAUCAUAGCCGGCGCGCUCGAUCGAAUCAGCGUGCCGUCGAUCAAGCAUUGCGCCGUCUUGGACGACGAUGUCACGAGGAGAUCGGACGAACUGAAGGAAACCGUCCGGAAGUACUUCCAAUCGGACUUCCCUCUGAGUGACGUCGACAUCAGUUUUCAGGACAAAGUGGCGAACGAGCAGCAGAUCGCAGCCGACGCGCGCAGCUUGAUAUUGUGCUACAGAGACGCCAGGUUCACCGGUCGCGCCGUCGCUCGUAUCUUUCACGGGAUCUCCAGCCCGGGUUAUCCCGCGUUAAUCUGGAGCAGGUGUCGUUUCUGGCGGGCUCAUCUCACCGCGAACUUCCACGGCAUUUGCAAAAUCGCCACCAGGGAAAUUUUAGCAUUGCGAUGAUAACAGUGGCGGAAAAAAAUAUGUACACCAAUUGAUAAUAAUAAUAAUAAUUAUUAUUUACAUAAGAUAAUGACGAUUAACGCGUAUUUGAACACACUCUGUGCUCUCUUGCACCGAUCGAAGGCAAUUUUAAUUCGCGUCGGAAAAACGUUAAACAUCACGACGCAAAUGUUUUCACAUAUUUGCUAAAUGAGAUUUUCUUCGUACCUACACGUCGUCUGUGUUAUCAGUAUGGUAAUUGUUAAAUGUAAUAAUAGGAUAUGUUUAAAGGAUAACGCGGUAAUUUAUUUUACGCUUUAAUAUAUGUGUAUAUAUAUAUGUCGAGUUUGAAUUUUAAAGAGGACAAUAUCAAGUAAGAACGUUGUAUGUGUUUUAUGUAAUAAAUUGUAUUCAGGGAAUAACAUUGUAACGUGUAUUUUAUAAUCCAUAAAGCCAAAUCUCGAUUAGAGAGAUUUUUCUUUUAAUCAUAUACGUCCCUACGAGAUUGUAUCGGGUGUACGAAUUAAUUCGGCGCCUUUUUUCAUGAAAUACAACGUUUAUUUACAAAAGAGUCGGGUACAAAUUUAACGUUCAAAAAGGACGCGGUGCCUCGGAUACUCCUUUUCGAACAUCGUUGCGACUAUUGCUGUUUUCUGAGGUCACAUCGACGAGGCCGUCGACUGUUAUAACGCUUCUCAAAGUUCGAGAUUGGCACUUUCCAAUCACCACAGGAAGAAAUUUUAAAUUCGAAGCAGAUUUACAAGACGUUAAAUGCAAUGCAGGCGCCGAAUUAAUUUGUACAUCAAAUAAUUAGAAGAGAAGGAGGAAUAUAAAUCACUCGACCUUGUGUGUGGUAUUACGAAAUGUUUAAUACCUGAUAUAAACUUUGAAUAAACUUUGCGCAAAAGAGUCACCUUUUAAGAAGAAGAACAAGUAGAUACAAAACUUAACAAAAUAUUAGAUUGGUUAUUCGUCAAGAAUUAUCACCGUAUUAAGAAA